GUGGCACUCCCUAAAUGCGGCUUUCGCCGACGUCAUUACAACUUCCAUUCGCGACACAGCGUUCUUCCGCUCCGAUACACAAGAGAUCCUACCGUCUAGACCUGUAGAGCAUGCAUACCGCCCAUCAUAGACACAGAUGAUAUACCUUUGACCGACCGACCGAACCAACGACUCCCUAGUCGUCCCGUCGACGUUGACGACCAUCAUCGAUCCUUAUACACACGAUGGCUGAGCCCGCGGCGUCUGUCGCUUUGGCUGCUGCUGCUGCAACAACGGCGCAAAAGCAAACAAGCCCAGCGAUCCCCGUCGGCCUAAAUGAGGCAUCUCUCGACUCUCCUACCUUUCGAUCCACUGCGCAGCACUUUGGAGAGCACAUCGACAAUGUCGAGAAAUGGCUUGACGACUACGUUAGGUCGACGUCUCGCGUCACCCGUGACAUCCUAGCCCUCGAAGAAAGCGUCAACACCUACCUGUCCAAAAUUUUCCCACCUGCCGCGACCGCCGAUGCCAUCGUCGACCACGACUACACUCUUCUCGCCCUGCGCCGGAUAAGCGAUGGCUCAAAGGAAUGGUGGACUCAGAUAAUGUCAACAGUGCGGAAAAUGGACACCAUAUCUGUUGACCCCAUCCGAUCUUUCGUCGCCGCCGACCUACGCUCUUUCAAAGAAGUCAGGAGAGUCUUGGACCACACCCAGAGGAACUUUGAUCAAGCCAUGGCUCGGUACAUGAGCCAGUCAAAGACAAAGGAGCCGUCUGCUAUCAGAGAGGAAGCAUUCGCCGUGUACGAGACCCGCAAGGCAUAUCUCAAGGUCUCCAUGGACUUCUGCCAGCUUGCGCCUCAGAUCCGUUUUAGCCUGGAUAAGUUGCUUGUGCGUGUCAGCUCCGACUUUUGGAAGGAAAUGAAGCGGUCGCGCGACGCCGCCGCCGUAUCGACAAAGUGGGGUUCCGAGAUGGAUCGCAUCCGUGGCUGGUCUCGUGAGAUGGAAACCACAGAGUUUGUGUUCAAGAGGGAGCUACAGAUUGCGCGCCGUGAUAUCGGCGAAAGUACCCUGCAAGCCUUCAAGCCAUCCCGGGAGCUGGAGGAUUACAGUGCGUCAACGGUUCAAUACCUGGGGUCCAGAGGUCCGGUUAGCGUCCAGCCGCAAGAAAGCUCCGCCGUUGUCUCGGAGAAGCAGGGCUGGCUUUUCCUCAAGACCCUUUACGGCAAGCCAGCCAGGUCAAAUUGGGUCCGUCGUUGGUAUUAUUGCCGAGAGGGUAUUUUUGGCUGGCUUAUCAAUGGGCCCCAAGGUGUUCUCCAAGGCGACGAGAUUGGUGUCCUUUUGUGCAAUGCCAAACCUGCCGUUGCCGAGGAUCGCAGAUUCUGUUUCGAAGUCAAGACAAAGAGCCAGACCUUAGUUCUCCAGGCAGAGACUCAAAACCAGCUAACUGAGUGGCUGGAGGUCUUUGAGGUGGCCAAGAAGAGAGCGUUUGAGGCCAGCAUGGACAGAGACAGCGCCUCCUCACCCGCCGGUGCCGAUCCCGCCUUCUCUAUCACGCCGCCACCGCUUCCCGAGUUCUCAGCAAGGUCCAUGGACGCCAUCGUGGCUGGCGAGGAGCCUUCCGGUAGCUUCGACCGGGCUGGCACUCUUCCGGUUCCUGGCUCGGACGGCACCAUGGCCGGUCGUGCCAGCUUCGAUGUAAACGCUGGUGCACCGCGUCGGUCCAUUACUGCUCUCGGGCGUGACCUGGGCCGAGAGAUGGUGCGUGAGGAGGGAGAAAGCAAUCGCGAUCAUGCAGCGAGGAUCAUCCAGAAGCUAGAUCUUCACCGAAAAGCGACCUUUGGCGCGGGUGCCGAAGCUGCGGGUGCUGCUGGCGGAGCGCCCGGCGCUGGUGGCAUCGCGGGCUUGAUAGCAAGCCACGGCCAUCUUCCUGGAUACCCUUCUCCCCCACAAGCUGGAUCGAAGAACUCUUCUACUUCAAGAUUACCUGCCCUAGAUCCAGUUCAAGGAACCUUGGCUCCUUUGACGCUGGCAAGACCACCCGCAGCAACAAACCUCAGCCGAACAGCCGUGAUGCUUUCAGUCGACAGAAGUAUAGGGUCGGACACUACCAGCCACAUGCCUACUUCUGUUCUCGCCAACUACUGGGGAAGUAGCCCUUGGAGCACUGUCUACGGGUCAGGUCCAGGCCGUCCUAGGACCCCUGGCCUGCUGGAAGAAAAUCCCUUCGGAAUAGUAGUCCGAGAGGUGGGCAAGCCCGGCGAAGAGAAGCCUCCAACCCCUACUACCACCGGGCACAGGAAGACUGUCAGUGUCGACGCAAAACCCAGCCAAGCCCAUACGCCAUUUAGGCAGCCCGUGGAAACCUUUGUCCCAGGAUACCCUCCAGAGCUAAGAAUCCAGCAUCUACAAUUCCGAAUUCUGUUCCCGAAUGCUCCUCUGGACGAGAAGCUUGUCCUUGUCUUCCGUGCCGCUUGGUCAAGCUCGACAGGCAAGGACUCGCCUUCUCACGGUCAAGGGCUGGCGGGCAACGGCCGUAUCUAUAUCACUCCGGACAACAUGUACUUUUAUGGACAACAAAUGGGUCUUGUAGUUGCAUAUGCCAUCAGCCUCGACAUAAUAGCCGAGGUCACAGCUGCGCCCGGUAAGGAAUGCGACUUCAUUUUCCUUCACCUCGGUGAGGAUGGCAAUGAGACGGGCUACACUAGAAUCACCAUCAAGAUCUUCCUGGACAACCUUCAGCUCCUUCAUGCCAGAAUGAACCUUCUCAUUGACGACCUACAAUCUGAGGAGCCCAUGGAGUUGCCAGAACUCAUCCGGGCACUGAUCAAUCUGGAGUACGAGGACUACAGCAAGCGCAGCCCCAGCAUUGAAAGCUGGGAAGAGGUCUCGUCAAAUACGCCGUUCGAUGACGGCACGCACUCCGGGCGCCCGGCUAGGCGCCAGAGCCAGUUUGGACCUAGACUCCGCUUGGCAGGGCCUGGUUCGAGGCAAACUCCCAAAGUGCAGGUGCCCGCUCAUCCUGUUGUUUUCGAACCCGAAGACAUGCAGAGAAUGGUUGCAGAGCGGCACUUUGAAAUUAGCGCCAAGGCCUGUUUCCAUGUGCUCUUUGGCGACAAGAGCUUUGUCUUUCCCAAGCUCUACUUUGAGCGGAGAGCUCAACAGAUUGCCCAAGGGCCCUGGGCGCUGGCAGAUCAUGGCCGGAUGAGGCGUGAGUUCCAGUUCAAGUUCGACUACAAAGACAUGAUCGGUCGACCCAAGACCGUGGACGUUGUCGACUACCAGACGAUGGAUGUCUUCCAAGAACACGUAACGUAUGUUGUGACACACACCAAGACGGCAUGGCAUCUUCCCCAUUCUCAAGACUUCAAAUUGGUGACCAAGGUUGUCAUCACCCACGUGGCCAAGUCAAAGUGUAAGUUGGCCAUCUAUACAAAGGUGGAAUGGUCCAAGAUACCUACGUUUUCGAAGAAUUUGGUUGAGCGGCAGGCCCUAAACGACGCCGAGGGCGAUGCGGAAGAGCUUGCAGACGUCGCAACGGACCAGGUGCGCAAGCUUGGCCCACACAGCCGGACAAAGAGAGCAAUCCAAGUGUACGGAAACAUUGGGCAACAGACGCAGGUCGUUGUAUUUUCCCCGGCCGACGCGGCCGCGUCAAAAAAGCAGCUCAUCAAGCCGCGGACACUGACAGCCAUGCUCCUAGAAACGCUGCGUUCCUUUGGCGAGAGUGCGGUGACGUCGCUCAUCAUGUGGGCCAUCGCCGUGGUGAAGACGUUCUUCAGCGUGGUCACGGCUCACCGACUUAUCCUUCUUGUCCUGGCAGUCAGCGCAUUCACGAACAUUGCCUUGACCUCCAAGGAAAGCUCGACGUGGUGGACGGAGAGGCGAGCAGCCAAGUUCAUGACCCGGGUUGGUGUCGGCCCGAACGUGAUGAUGAGCAAGGCCAUCUACAUGGCGGAUUUAGGCGAGGCAACGGGCGCAGUCGGCCACAACAAUAGUUGGCCUACCGAUAGUGCUUGGUAAGUAAACCUUGACUGGCAGUCUGUGGUCUAGAGAUACGAUGGCUAACAUGAUAUCACAGCUUCACCACGUUCCAACUUGUU